UCCACUCCACACGGCCGAAAGAAAGGCUGAGCUAGCGCGCAGCACGGCUCUCCCUCGCCGACCGGGGAUGGGGGGUGACCGUGGAGCUCCGGGGACGGCGAGCGCGCGGGCGCGGGCGCGGCCUCGCGUGCUGCUCCUGUGCAGCCCGUGCAUGGGCCACCUCAUCCCGUUCGCCGAGCUCGCGCGCCGCCUCGUCGCCGACCACGGCCUCGCCGCGACUGUGCUCUUCGCCUCGGCGACUUGGCCCCCCUCGGAGCAGUACCUCGCCGUGGCGGCGUCCGUCCCUGCCGCCGAGGGCGUCGACCUCGUCGCGCUGCCGCCUGCGCCGACGCCUGCGGACGCGGCCCCGCCGCCCUCCGCCUCGCUGCGCGACCGCGCUUCCCGCGCCGUCGCCUCCAGCGUCCCGCGCGUCCGUGACAUCGCCCGGUCGCUCGCCGCGUCCGCGCCACUGGUCGCGCUCGUGACGGACAUGAUCGGCACCCCGGCGCGCGUCGUCGCCGACAAGCUCGGCGUGCCGUUCUACAUGUUCUUCACCUCGCCGUGGAUGCUGCUGUCCCUGUUCCUGCACCUCCCGGCGAUCGACGCGGCGCGCGGCCAAGGCGAGCACCGCGACGCCACGGCUCCGAUCCUCCUCCCCGGCUGCGUGCCGAUCCACGCGCACGACCUGCCCAGCUCGAUGCUCGCCGACCGGAGCAGCGAAACGUACGCCGGGCUCCUGGCCAUGGCCAUGGACGCCGCGACGGCCGACGGCAUCCUCGUCAACACGUUCCGCGAGCUGGAGCCGGCCGUCGGCGACACGGCCGACGGCGUGAAGCUGCCACCGGUCCACGCGGUCGGUCCGCUGGUCUGGACCAGACGGCCGGUCUCCGACGACCGGGAGCAUCGCUGCCUGAGCUGGCUGGACCAGCAGCCGCGUAGAUCAGUGGUCUACGUGUCAUUCGGGAGCGGUGGCACGCUUACGUGGCAGCAGACAGCUGAGCUGGCGCUCGGUUUGGAGCAGAGUCAGCAUAGGUUCAUCUGGGCCAUCAAGAGGCCAGACCAAGACACUCCAAGUGGGGCAUUCUUUGGAACAGCUCAUCAAGCCAAAGAAGACACUACAAUGGAAUUUUUGCCCAAUGGUUUCAUCGAGAGGACUAGAGGGGUGGGGCUUGUGGUGCAAUCGUGGGUACCACAAACCGCGAUUCUUGGGCACAUGUCCAUUGGCUGUUUUGUAACGCACUGCGGGUGGAACUCUACGCUAGAGAGCGUCUCGAACGAAGUACCGAUGAUCGCUUGGCCACUCUACGCGGAGCAAAAGAUGAACGCGGCAAUGAUGGAGGUUCAAACGAAGGUAGCCAUCCGGAUUAAUGUUGGGAGUAAAAGGUUUAUAACUAAGAAAGAGAUUGCACGUGCGAUAAAACGAGUGAUGGAAGAAGGGGAGGAGGCAGAAAGGUUGAGGCAGUGCAUUGGUGAACUCAAAGAUAAAUCAGUGCUUGCAUUGAGCAAAGAUGGCUGCUCAACGUCUGCACUUGCACAAGUCGUACAUUCGUGGAAGUGUACUGUUGGUAAAAAAUGAAGGGUUAAGGCUGGACACAUCGUGGUUAAUUGUUUCAUACCAAAUCUAGUGGCUGUAGUAGAAUGUACUUUGUGUCAUCAGGCAGGUAAAGUCUACAUUAUUAACAUUUGCAGGUGUUAUUUCAGAAUUAUGCACUCAGCAAUAUUGAAAACAAAAUUGGAUAUGCAGUAGAACGUACUUGGUUUCAUCAGGCAGUUAAAGUCUACAUUUGUUAACAUUUGCAUGAUCUGCUUUAGAAUCAAGAACUCCACACUGCUCAAAACUCACAAAACAUGGAGGAAACGUCAAAAAUGCAUGUAAAAAACACUAAGUACCCUGGUUUUAUGUUUUAUUUCGAUGUGGUACAUGCCUCAUGUAACCUCCAAAAUUUGUCUGUCGUUCUUUAUGAGUUAUGGCUACUUUCUGUUUCUUAAA